UUAUGCUAAAUUUUAUUCUUUAGACAUUUUUUGUACAGAACCCUCAGGGUCGCGAGUCUGACUUGCUCUUGAGCAUUUUUUAUUAUUGAGUUAGUUAUUAUAUUGACAAUACAUACAGUACAAUACAAAACCGCUAUACUUAGGUAUUAUUUAUUAAGUACAUAACUGCUAUUUUGUGUGGGUUAGAUCCUUAGAAUAAUAGUAUAGAUCCUGAUCUUAUUAUACCUGUCACGGGACAAAGCUUGUCGGAUGGGCAUGUACUGUCUAAGACAAUUUUCACCAACUCUUACGUAAUUAAAACUACAUAUAUUAAAACUCCACAGUUAAAUAAAAAAAUAUAUUUACCAACGAAUUAUUUAGCGAAACUGGUGUGAUGAUCUAGUCAAAGAUGCGGGGUGCAAGUUAUCAAAACAUUGAGAAAUUUUGUAGACAACUGAAUAAAAUGGGGAACCUUUCUCCAACAGUGGGAUUCCACGGAUCUGAGAUAGGCUCUAUAAAAAAAAAUCCUGUCUUUACUAAUUCAAUGUUAUUUAUUGUUACAGCUGGCCUACCAUACAAAGUGUACGGUGGUCAUGAGGGUUCAUUGACGGAGAAGCGCAAGCAGCGAAGAAUAAGGACCACGUUCACGUCGGCACAGCUCAAAGAGCUGGAGAGAGCGUUCCAGGAGACACAUUACCCCGACAUCUACACUAGAGAGGAGAUCGCCAUGAAGAUAGACCUCACGGAGGCGAGAGUACAGGUCUGGUUCCAAAAUCGGCGUGCGAAGUUCCGCAAGCAGGAACGACUAGCUCAGCAGAAGGCAGGCGAGGCGCCAGUGAAGGCGGAGGGCAAGAGAGACAAGCCGACGUCGCCGGCGCCGUCGCCCCACCCGCCGUCUGCGCCCGCGCCGCAGCCCGCGCACCACGCGCUGCCUCACCUGUCGCCGCCAGACCUGAAACCUAUCACCUCGUCAGGUAGAUAUCGUAAGUUGUUCAACUAUUUAGGUUGUUAGUUAAGAUAGAACAGACAUAGAUAGAUCCAUCUAGAACCGCACUUUGAAAAGUGUUUAGACAUGGGUUGCGUUGAUCAUUGAUAGACGUUAAGGUAUAAUUCUGAUACGUCUGGAUUUUUUCUUUAUACUUAUGAGCCCAACUCAUUCGACAUGUCUUGUAGUAUCUAGAAGAGCAAUGUAUGGAAAGUUUUAAAAAGCCUAAAGUAGGGUGUAUAUCUAAGCUUUUAUGUGGAGUUACAAAUUAUGACCAACUCAAUCUAAACAAGAAUAAGCCCGGAUAUAAAUCAAAUGAAGUCGUCAAUAAAUAUGUUUAUAUCGUGGAAUUUUUAAGUAAUUUCCGCAAUGUGAGAUGAGACGAGUGCAGUGUUUACCUUACUCCCGGAUUUGGUGACGUCAUCGCUACAUUUAGAUGAUUACAACAUUAAGUCACAUUUGAUCAACUAUUUGCGGAGGGGUAUGCCGACGAAGUUCAGUUAAAACUGAACAUUAAUUUCUGCCAUGUUUUAAAGGGAAACUAUUAAAGUAAAGAGAUUUUAACGAACAUUAUUUUUACUUUCCACAAAUCCUGUGAUGACAUAGAAAACACGUUUUAUAUCACCAGACACUUGAAUAAAAGAAGUUAUAUGAGGGGAGAUGGAGGUUUAUGAAAAGUUAUAUUAAAAAAAAUAGAAGAAGACAUGUUUAUACGUUUCAUAACGAGUAUCUCACUAUUCAUUACAAGAAAUAAAUUCUAUCAUUAACUCCUCCACAUCCAUCUGACAUUUACUACCUGCUCUCUAAAAAAUAUUGGUCCAGUUUCUACCAAGCAUUUUAUAAUUAUA